GUCUAGGCAAGCAGUUGCGAUUUGAACACGCCUGCUCGCUUCCGCUAGCGCCGCUUCUUGACGCUUAUUGUGGCUUGCUACACACAACUGCCUGGGGUGUAGAUGCAUCUGUAGCCAUCUGUGUCUUCCUGGACGUCCGCAAUAUCACUGCUAGAGCCUUCCUCGUAUAACCAUGAGAUUGUCUGGCGCAUUUCGCAACGCUUGCCGUGGUUUUCCCACUGGAUCGGUGAGCCGGCCGCGAACCGGUGUCAGAGUUUUUGCCACCAAGGGGACAUCGGUGCGGGUCGGUAGCAGCCAGAUAUUCUCCCGGGAUGGCAGUUCUAGCGGCGGCGUUAGGUCUGCGGGAGCGGCAGUCAAAUUCGGAAAACACCACGAACAAGCCGCUGCUUCGUCGUAUGACAUAUCUCUCAGGGAGCUCAUGCAGAGGACCAAGGAGGAGAUCACGUCUUUACAGAAGCGCUACCCGGCGCUCAAACCUGUACUCGCCAUCAUCCAGGCUGGGGAGGAUGACGCCCUGGUGGAGGUUAACAAGAAUUUGGCCGGGAAGAUUGGGCUCGAUGUCAUACAAAUCAGUUUGCCAAUGGAAUGCACUGAAGAUGAGAUAAUCGAGGAGGUGCUGAAGCUGAACGAGGACUGCAAAGUGCACGGCGUGGCGCUGCAUCUCCCGCAGCCCUCUCUCACGCGCCGGGUGCUCGACUCGCUGAAACCGGAGAAGGACGUAGACGGCGUGACAGACCUGAACAUCGGGAGGCUGGUCCGCGGAGACGUGGUGGAGAGCUUUGUUCCGCCGGUCGCCAGCGCGGUGGUGGAACUCCUUGGGAGACACGACUCCUCCGUGGAGGGGAAGAUGGCAGUGAUCGUGGGGGAGAACAGGCCCCUGGAGGUGGCCCUGCAGGGCCUGAUGCAGGCCAGGGGCAUGGCAGUGGUCAGCAGCUCCUGGAGCACCGACAGUCUGCAGAAACAGGUCCUGCAGGCUGAUGUCAUUGUGCUGGCCAGCGCAGGACGAGCGAGCGUACCCCCCGCGUGGGUGCGGCCCGGGGCGGCUGUCAUCAACUGCGGCCCUGCUCUAGUGUCAGAGGAGCUCGGGGCAGCGGGUACGGCGGUGGAGAUGUCCGUGGCGCCGGGCGUGGGAUCUUUGGCCGCGGCGUUGAGGAUCCAGAAUGUGGUGAAGAGCAGCCGCAGGUGGAUGCAGGAGCAGCAGUACCGGCCGUGGACCCUGCGCAGCCUCAAACUGCAGCCUCUCUCACCUGUGCCCAGCGACAUCGAGAUUUCGCGGGGCCAGACGCCGAAGGCCAUCGACCUGCUCGCCAGGGAGAUCGGCCUGCUGUCGGACGAGCUGGAAGCCUACGGCCGCGCCAAGGCCAAGGUGCGCCUGUCCCUCCUGCACCGCCUGAGAGCACAGCCUGAUGGGAAAUAUGUGCUGGUGGCCGGGAUAACCCCCACCCCUCUGGGAGAGGGGAAGAGCACGGUCACCAUCGGGCUGGUCCAGGCCCUGACGGCCCACCUCAAGCUCAGCUCCUUCGCCUGUCUGCGACAGCCCUCCCAGGGGCCCACUUUUGGGGUCAAAGGGGGUGCGGCCGGAGGGGGUUACGCCCAGGUCAUCCCCAUGGAGGAGUUCAACCUCCACCUGACGGGGGACAUUCACGCCAUCACAGCCGCCAAUAACCUGGUGGCGGCGGCCGUGGACGCCCGGAUGCUGCACGAGGCCACGCAGUCAGACAAGGCUUUGUUUAACAGACUGGUUCCCACUGUGAACGGUUCCAGAAGGUUCUCCCCCAUACAGAUAGCCAGACUACAGCGGCUGGGCAUCGGCAAGACCGACCCUGCCGCCCUGACGCCGGCGGAGGUCAGCUCGUUCGUGCGCCUCGACCUUGACCCCGGAAAGGUCACGUGGCAGAGAGUGGUCGAUACCAACGACCGUUUUCUGAGAAAGAUAACCGUCGGACAGGCGAACACCGAGAAGGGCCACGUGCGGGAGACCCAGUUCGACAUCGCCGUCGCCAGCGAGAUCAUGGCCAUCCUGGCUCUGACCGACGGGCUGGCCGACAUGAAGGAGAGGCUCGGCCGCAUGGUGGUGGGGACCAGCCGGGCGGGACGGCCCGUCACCGCGGACGACCUGGGUGUGACUGGGGCUCUCGCCGUGCUGAUGAAGGACGCCAUCAAACCCACGCUGAUGCAGACGCUCGAGGGCACGCCAGUGUUCGUCCACGCCGGCCCCUUCGCCAACAUCGCCCACGGCAACUCGUCCGUCCUGGCCGACAAGCUGGCUCUGAAGCUGGUGGGGGAGGAAGGCUUCGUAGUGACUGAAGCGGGGUUCGGGGCCGAUAUCGGGAUGGAGAAGUUCUUCAACAUUAAGUGCCGCGCCUCGGGCCUGCGGCCCCACGUGGUGGUGCUGGUGGCCACCGUGCGGGCCCUGAAGAUGCACGGGGGGGGCCCCAGCGUUAGCGCCGGAUCGCCUCUGCCCAGAGAAUACAUCGAUGAGAACCUGAAGUUAGUGGAGGACGGCUGCAGCAACCUGAAGAAGCAGAUCCAGAUCGCCCAUCUUUUCGGGGUUCCCGUGGUCGUGGCGCUGAACGUGUUUAAGACGGACACCGAGGCCGAGGUGGACCUGGUGUGCCGGAUCGCUAAGGAUUGUGGGGCGCAGGACGCGGUGGCGUGUCACCACUGGGCGCAGGGCGGCAGGGGCUCGGUGGAGCUGGCCAAGGCCGUUAAAAACGCCGCGCAGCAGCCGAGCCACUUCCAGUUCCUGUACGACCUGCAGAUGCCCAUUGUGGAGAAGAUACGCACCAUCGCGCAGAAGGUCUACGGAGCUGAAGACAUCGAGCUGUCCCCUGAGGCUGAAGCCAAGAUCGCCUACUUCAAUGAGCAAGGGUUCGGCACUCUGCCCAUCUGCAUGGCGAAGACGCACCUGUCCCUCUCUCACAUGCCGGACAAAAAGGGCGUGCCCACCGGCUUCGUCCUGCCCAUCCGGGACGUGCGCGCCAGCAUCGGGGCGGGGUUCAUCUACCCCCUGGUCGGGACGAUGAGUACUAUGCCAGGUCUGCCCACCCGGCCCUGCUUUUAUGACAUCGACCUGGACCCUGACACAGAGGAGAUCACUGGGCUCUUCUGAGAGGACCCCCCCUCCCCUCCACAUUGCUAUAGUUACGCAGAUUCAUCCCCUCACCUGGUCAGCUACUCACCCGCAGGAAGACUCCGGGGGGGCGUCGGAACCCGAGACCAUCACUGCAGAGAUGCAGGAACCGUUUUUCUGGCAUUUUAAAUUCACCCCAUUCAGAGGACGGCCGUUUCUCCACUUCUCACUGUAAAAACACAACCCUGUCAGAUAAUCACCUCUACAUGCCUGUCAGCUCUAAGGUUACUGCCAUGUUCCGCUGGGCUUCCGUGGCUAUUCAAACAGCAGGGGGAAUUUUCCUCUGUGACACCUUAAAGACCAAAGAAAACAUGCCAUAACCCAGCAACAAUCAGGCAUUGAGGAGUGGAGAAAACAACGCGUGCUUUCUCAGACAUUUUCUUUUCAUUUUCCUGACUGUUCGUCCUGGCUUACUGUGGGUCAGGACUCAGGCCUAGCUAAGCCAUUUAUUUUAUAUAUUUUAAUACUUUUAUCUCAUAUUUUGUUCAUCCUGUAUUUGGACGACAAACAUGGUUAAUGAAGCGUUCGUCCUAAUCUACUGAAGUCUUAUUAGUGUUGCGCACAAAAGAUUAAUAUAAGUGCAUUCAUGUUGGACUGUGUAUAUAUACACGCACACACACUCA